GGGAGCGCCACAGGGACCCGGACAGGGACAGGGACAGCGACAGCCCCCGGGACAGCGACAGCCCCUGGGGCAGCGACAGCCCCCGGGACAGCGACAGCCCGCGCCGGGAGAGCCCUCAGCUCCCCUCCAGCGCCCCCUCAGCCCCCGCCGGGGUGAGCCCUGCGAGUUCCCCCCCGGAGCCGAGGCUCCCGGCCGGCGGGCGCGUCCCUGGCGCAGCCCGUGCCCAAGGAGGGCUGAGAGCACCCGGGGCACGUUACAGUUCCGGGCAGUUCUUCCCCGCCCCGCUGAGUUUUCAUCAAGCUUUAAAAUACACCGAGCGCCCGUCGGGACCGAGUACAACCCGCAAACCCAUCCCACAUCGGGCCUUGAGAGGAGCUGUAAAGGAGAGGUUAUACUGGGCAUCAUGGAUGUCAAUGAUUUUGUAAUUCUCCCAGGCUCCAAAGCUGGAACCUCAGUGAGAUUAAAAACAAAAACUGUCAAGGAAUUGCAGUUGGAGAAAGCUCAGUUAGAAACAGAAAACAAAGAGAUGGAGAGAAGAUUAUUGCAGCUGCAGUCAAACAUGAGCAGAGAAAAAGAAGAGAGGAGGAAGUUAGGUGCUUACCACUGGAAAUCUGGGCAGGCAGGACCAAGGACCCCCCAAGCCCGAGCUGUGGCACAAAAUAAUGACAACAGGAAGAAGCUUUCUCCAGAAAAAGUGAAGUUGCAAGUACUCAAGAAACAGAUUCAAGAGCCAGUGAAAAAAACAGUUAAACCUGAAAGAGGAAAUGUAGCUCAUGAAAAAUUGGGAGUGAAGGGGAUGGCCUGUAGACCACCUGAAAUUAAGAGUGAGCUGCUGGAACCAGCAUCAGCCUGUGCAAGCCCUGGAAAACAGGACAGAGGAUUGCUGCUGAGUGGUGCCUUUGAUGAGAAGGCAUCUGCAAAGGCUUUUCAGGAAGCUUUGCUUCAGUGGAGAAAAGGUGGAAGUGAUCCUGGAGGAGAUCUGUGUGCCAGUGAGGUCCCAUCAGAAGCUGUGGGGAAUUGUGAGGUACAGACCAAUGUUACUGCCCUGAAGGAACCCAUCCACGUGGAAUUCCAGAAGGAUGGCCUGAGCUACAUGGAGAAACUCCUGCUGAAGAAAUACAGAAGAACUCCAGUUGAUCAAUUUUUUGCAAGUUGCAUGAAAGAUUCAAGGCCUGUGCAAGCCUUGAGUGUUCAACAAGCUGGGGCUGCAGGAGGGGGACAAGGAGAUGAUGAUGAUGACAUUGAGGAGUUAACAGAUGAAGAGGUGAAGAAAUACUGGGCAUCUAUUUAUAGAGCUGAAGAAUCCAACACUGUUUCUGAAAAUGCAGAGUCCUCUUUGAAAAUUGAGUUCCUUGAUGAUUCUCAGAGUGAAGACUUGAAAGAAUCUUCAGACUCUUCAGUGGAGGAAACUGGAAAUGUGGGGAUGAAUAAGCAAGGAAAAACUGACCCACUGGAGUGUGGAAGAAAUCCUGUUUCUCCUAAAGAAAUUUCUCAAGCAAAACUGAUUGUCUGCAGUGAUCUUGAAAUAAAUGCAGUGCAGGAGGAGAGUGCUGAACCAAAGGCUGGGAGAAGAUCACUGAGCUCCUGUGAACUUCCUGAGGAGAUCUCUGACCCCACAGAAGGAGCGAGCAAAGAUCUCAUUGGGGCUGAACUGAAGAGCAGCAGAGAUCUCCUGGAGACAGAAGUGCAGGAGAGCAGGAGAGAGCCCCAGGAACUGGGCAGUGUCUGCAGCAGUCAGAGCUUGGUCCUGCCUGUACUGACAAAAUCUUCAGCAUUACAGGAUGUAGCCAAAAGACAGAAAUGUGGUUCUACAUCAUAUCAGGGACUUGAAGGUUUCUUUGUUUUAGGUGCAAACCCUAAACAAGAAAAGCUGGAGGCACCUUCUUCCCUGGCUGCUGCCUCCAGCCCUAGGGACAGGAAAAUCCCUUUUCCAGGAGAUGGGCUGUGGGUUUCUGAGAGGAGCCUAAGUGAAAAUGCUGAUGACUCUGUGGUUCAAGGUGUCUUGGAAAGUCAACUGAGCAGAGCUGGAAAUGCUUUCCAGGCUCAAAGUCAACUUUCUCAUCUGAUGGCAGCAUGGAUGCCAUGGCCAGACAUUUCAGGCCCUGAAAGUCAUUCCAGCCUAUCUUGUGAAGAUGGAACCUCCUCCAGCAGAGCCAUGGAGAACUCUGGAAAUGCAGAUUUGCAGAACACCCUGGAGCUGAAAGACCACGACUCAUUUGAUAUUUUUGGGGACUGGGAGGAAAGCCAAAUGGAUGCUGAGGAAGCAGUUCUGGAGGACAAACAGCAGGUUCUGGCAUUGCAGUGAACAUGGAAAACUCAGUUCAGUCUCCACCUUUGUAUGGUUCACAACCAACAAGAUCAAGAGGUGUUUUAAGUUCUGCUCAAGACAUCAUUUAUUAAGGAAUAUUCUGUAAAGCUGUCAUUAAAACUUCUUGAAAAUA